GGUGAGGGAGGGAAGGGGAUCGUCCGUGUUGAAUCAGCGGUGAGUUCAGUGUGACUUCCUGUCAGACCAGAUCAUUGAGACCAGAUCGUUGAGACCAGAUCAUUAAUCCUGGUCUGGUCUCGUGUUCUGCGGGCUGCUGCAGGUGAAGCCGCGUCACAGCGCGAGUCUCCGGCUUCAAGUGGAUGCGGCUCCCAACUCAAAACCGGCAAAUCGGACCGGACCGGGAUUCUAGUUUGUGCUCCGUGUUUCGUCCUAAUAAUCGAUCACACGGUUCCGGAAAAGGAAAUGACCGACUCGAGCAACAGGUGAUCGACACGCACGAGCAGUCAUACCGUGUCAACCUCGUGCAACCAGUCGCACGCGCCCGCGGAGUCGAGAGAAGCGCGUCGGCGUGACGUGCACCCGGAGCCCGGCCGACCGCGAAGUCUGCAGGAGGUCUGCAGGAGGUCUGGAGACCCGGAGGGGCCGACCCGUCGUCGUUAGAGACAACGCAGUCAGCCUGAACCCGAGACUGGACUCGAGUGAAUUGUGGCGCAGACCGGUCAUCGCUGAGGUUACUUUGGAAAAUAAGCGAAAGUGAAGACGAUAGCUGGGCAACUGGAUCCCUCCGUUCAAAGCCACCCACCCAUCCUUCCUCAUCAGAGAAGAUGGGGAAUGGAUUAUCAGAACAACCCAGCUUCCUCUCCAACAUCCCGUUUCUCCAGGCUUUUCACAUCGCCAUCCUUGGGCUUGACUCAGCAGGGAAGACCACCGUCCUCUACAGGCUGCAGUUCAACGAGUUCGUCAACACCGUGCCCACCAAAGGCUUCAACGCCGAAAAGGUCAAAGUGUCGCUGGGCAGCCGGAGCAGGACGGUGACCUUUCACUUCUGGGAUGUUGGCGGUCAGGAGAAGCUGCGGCCUCUGUGGAAGUCGUACACGCGCUGCACGGACGGCAUUGUUUUUGUGGUGGACUCGGUGGAUGUCGAGCGAAUGGAGGAGGCCAAGACGGAGCUUCAUAAGAUUGUGAAGACCUCCGAGAACCAGGGAGUGCCCCUGCUGGUGGUUGCCAACAAGCAGGAUUUGAGGCACGCGCUGGGGCCCGCUGAGCUCGAGAGGUCCUUGGCGCUGAAAGAACUGGGCCCCGGCACGCCGUGGCACCUGCAGCCCACCUGCGCCAUCAUAGGAGACGGGCUGAAGGAAGGCCUGGAGAAACUCCAUGACAUGAUCCUGAAAAGGAGGAAGGCUCUCCGGCAGCAGAAGAAGAAGAGAUAACUGGUGCACUAAAGAUGUAUUACUAGUUUGUUUUAUUUUUAUCUUUUUGUGUUCACAUAUGAAGGAGAUAUGGAGCAUAUUGUGUAGGAACAUGACGUUCUGCUGCGGGCUCAGGUUUCUAGAGCUUUAGCACUCCGAGGCUGAGCUUUAGGAUUCCCCCUCGGUCUCGGGUGGCUGUUGAGGUUGCUGAUCAGGAAGUGACAGAAAGGAUUAAAGUAUGAAGAAGAAAGCUCUGGAAAUGUUUGGCUGUGAAGAGUUUAUGGUUUUAAAAGCGCUGAGGUUUUGGGGUCUGGAGAGGUGAUGCAGAGUUGUUGCUUCUGGUGGUGGGGUUGGAAUGAAUGAAUGACCGACGAACAACUUUUCCAAAAUCUACCAAAAAGGAUGUGUGACGAAGAAGAAUGCGACGAGGUUUGGGAGUUAAGCUGGGGGGCGGGUGAGGCUGUAGGCGUGAGGGAAGUGUGCAUCUGGAGAAAGGCUGAGUGGAGAACCGCAUAGCCCUCUUGUUCUUUUAACAAACGAACUUUAAGCUGUAGAGAUCCGGGCGACUAUCAGGAUGUGUCAGUGUUUUCUGUUUUGAUCACUUCCGCUGUAUGAAUCUGUGCUCAUUUUUACACUGUACUUUCUCUACGAAACAAAGCAUUGUCCUACAUUUCCAUGAACUGGCAUUUGUGUCAUGACCUGUUCCCAGUGUCUGCUCGUCAAAAUGCACUUUAGACUGGGUUCCUGUGGCGUUUUCACAUGCCGCCUUCCACUUGGUCGUUAGGUUUGGGCUACACAAAGCAAAUGCUACUGCAGAUGGCCUGUCCUGCACACACCGUCUUUAAACAGGUCAUGCAUCGUCCUCUCCUGAACCGGAAGAGGGCGCUGAGUAGAGUGCAGCGCCCCGCCAGGGGUAUCUCCCCUUCUGCGGUGCUCCGACCGAGACGAAAAACCAGCUGAGGGCUUGGAGGUCCGCUGCAGUGAAAACCGGCAUCCGGAGCUUUGGACUCACCGCGUCCAUGAGCGGUCCUCGAUCCUGCGGUCCUAACUGCACACACAUGAACGGGCUGACGGGCCCAGCAGUGCGCGAGAUGAGCUGCCAACAGACACGGCCGUUAUAAGACUUCUGCGCAUGCGCCGUAGUCGACUGAACGGGGAAUAUGGGGGGGGGGUGUUAAGAUGCAGCGCUCACGCUAGAGAAAAGUCCGCCUAAUAAGAACGUUGUGCCUGUCAGCCUGUGGAUGUGCAGCCUCCUAGGCGGACCCUCGCAUGAAUGCGACCAACUCUAAUAUGAACUUGCACCCCCCCCCCCAAAAAAAAGGUUUGCUAUGCGACCAUUUUGGAAUGACCCUAACCCUGUCUUUAUUUUCAUAACAUCAUAAAGCUGAGUAAACCAUUUACAUCGCGCAUGCGUGACUCACAUCUACAGUUGACUCAGAUCAGGCAACGACAAAAACAUGCAGCACUUCCCGUUUUGACGGUGACCCAGAGCAGACCGUUCCAGUAUAGCGUUCGCAUUUGUUGGAUUAUCAGAAAUGUUUUAAUAACUUUUGAUGACGUCACCGCCUGAUCCGGCUCAGCCUGAGGUGACUUCGAUUGGGCAGGACAGAAGCAGCGUUGGCCGCGUGAGCUGGAGCGUGAUGGCGGGAGGGAGCGACGGGAGUCCGAACCGCAACCACAAGAGAGGGGGGGCUCCUCGUCAUACAGCCAUAGCUGUGCACUACAGUUGUUACCCCGACAGGUCCAGUAGUUUGCGGGAUUAGCCGUGAACACACGCAUGGGACCAAAGCCAUCGCCCCUCCCAGGCUGCCCACUGGGCGGGGCGAUGCUGCACCCCAUUUACAGCAGCGCUGAGCACCUCGUGGCGGGCGGUUAGGGUUAUAAGGCUUCGCAGUGGGGAGGGUGCUUGUACCUUUUCAUUCAUUUGGGAAGCAUCUUGUUGGUCUGGAUACAAAUGUCAGAUAAAUCCUUGAAAUGUAAAAUUUACUUCUGAAUUUAAAAUUAAAGUUAACUUUACAUUUAAA